GAACUUAGAGCGCGACCAACACUACGAGAUCAAAGUUAUCGCUUACAACAGUCAGGGCGACGGACCCACCAGUAAACCCAAAAUGGUUUACGUCGGCGAAGCCGUUCCGACGGGUGAGCCGUUGAAUAUAACGACAACAGCGCUGUCAUCAUCCGAGAUGAGGGUCACGUGGAGCGCACCCGACAAAAACAAACAGAACGGACAGAUCAUGGGAUAUAAGAUAUUUUAUUGGCAACAAACAGAGCCCCACUAUCGGCUCAACAGCGACCUGAACGGCAACACCCAUAAGAGUGUUUACUACGAACAGCCCCGAGAGAUGAUGGAGAUCGUGCCCGACACCACCGAGUCCUUCAUUCUAUUGGAUCUCAUUAAAUGGUCUAAUUAUAGCAUUCAGUUGUCGGCGUUCAAUCCGGCCGGCGAUGGCCCCCGAUCUCGAGCUAUUGUCGUCGAGACCAAAGAGGACACUCCCGGACCGGUCGGCGCUCUAGUGUUCGACGAGAUAACGAUGUCUCAGGUGAAGGUCUCCUGGAAACCGCCGGUCGAGCCCAACGGCAUUCUGUUGGGCUAUUAUGUCAUGUAUGAGACACUGAUUAACGAUUUUAGCAAACAAGUGAAGCAAAAAAUAAACGACAACUAUUUGGUGGUCAAUGGCUUAAGGGAACGGGUUAUGUAUACCUUCAAAGUUAGGGCCGAGACAUCCGCCGGUGUGGGACCCGAGACUAUUGGAAACGUGACGACUGGCCCACAACCCGGUUCGCCCCCUCCACCCACUGAUGUCAUAUCUACUCAAACGCUGACAUCAGUGAAGCUCAAGUGGAAGAAUCCGGACUAUAGGGCUAUUACUGGUUAUCUGAUUGAAGCGAAUAAUCUGAACAUAAAGGGAGCGCUCGAAUGGCAACCCGUCUCACAGAUUAAGAAUGGAAGACAAGAGAGAUAUGAAUUAAGUUACACUCAUUUGGCGCCGUCUUCUCAGUACACCUUCCGAGUGAUGUCAAUGAAUGAUAAGGGCAUUAGUGAACCCGCAUAUCCUGACAAAGUGAUCGGCACUGUUGUCAUUCAAACCCCAUCUCAUUUGGAGCUCAGGGCACGGAUGCCAUACUAUCGUGAGAGUUGGUUUGUUAUUCUGUGCGCCUGUCUUAGUGUUGUGAUUACUAUUAUGGUUAUAGCAGUGCUUUGUGUUAAGAAUAAGACUAAUAAAUACAAACAAGAGAUCAUCAAAGGAUCGCAGGACAGGCUCUCAGAAGUAGGCUUCGGUUUGGACGACAAUAUGGACACUCAUUAUCCAACCGGGUUUGAAAUGAGACAACACGUGGGCACUUUGACAACACACCAGCGCCGCAGUACCGGCACAUUGAGUACAGUGGCCAGUCUGGCGGCCACUAAGUGUCCGCCGCGACCCUCUCCCGGCUCUAUCACCUAUUCUGAUGAGGACGACGACGAAGACGACGAUAUUAAAGGCGCCGGCAUUUACGAGAGCAGUGGCGAGAGUUUGACGGAAAAGCCGAGCGAAAUGAGUAGUUCGGGUCCGGAGUCGGAGUCAGAACACGACGACAUGAGCGCUGCCAACCAUUUUGUCAACCAUUACGCCAAUGUGAACGACACACUCAGGAAAGGCCAGCCCUCGUGGAAACGACACGCAAAACAAUAUGUAGUGCCAACACAUCACAGACAUUCAAUGCCAAUGCGUGACCCGCCGGCACUGCCAGCCCCUCCGCCUCCCAGCUAUUUAGCAGCCAUUGCCAUAAACGCGUCCGAAGACAGUGAACUCGACUGUCCGUCCGUUAAUCUAAACGGCGGCCGAAUUAUAGUGAAUAAUAUGGCCGGAAGUCGUGCACCGCUUCCCGGCUUUUCAUCAUUUGUA